UGAGGGAUCCCGGGAACGGACACAGCCGCGGCACCGAGGGAUCCCGGGAACGGACACAGCCGCGGCACUGAGGGAUCCCGGGAACGGACACAGCCGCGGCACCGAGGGAUCCCGGGCAGGGCGGUGGCGGCCCGGGGACAGCCGGGGCUCGGUGGUGUCCCGGGGCGCGGGGUCGGCACGCACAGCCGGCACUGCCCACAGCACUCGGGAGCGCCGGGGCGGCGCCAAGGGCGGCUUCCCCCUGUAACAGCGGCGCGCCUGCCUGCUUGUUGCUCGCUCAGCAGUGUUCCUGCUUUCAGUCCCGACACUUUGAGGAGGAUGGAAAGCCUGUGCUGCCGGUGGAUGGAUCUGUUCACCGGUAUAUGCCAGAGCCGGGGGCAGAGGAAUUCUGCCAGAUUCUUGUGGAGAACCAGUUACAUCCACUAAUGCAUAUGAUGUGCCUUCUGGGAUAUUGAGGUGAUCACGAAAGAAACAACCAAAAAAUAAUGGAGAAAUUACCCAGACUUUCAGCGGGGUCCUUUCAAGGAAUCCAACACUCCUCUCCUCCUCCUGACAAGGUAUGAUGCCAAUGUAAGAUUAAUCCACACUUGUAGUUCCUCCUGAAUCUUUAUUGGAUAACACUCGACAAAGAACUGGAGAAGAGUUUCUGCAACCCUCCUGAAAGUAUUUUAAAUAAGCAACAAUAUCUUCUCCAUUUGUUAACACCCCAAACACCUGAAUCACCUUCAUUAGCUGAAGCAGCAGUGGAUAUCCUCGUAAUUAAGGAACUUUAAUUUCCCUGGUCAUCUGAGCCAUUUUCAGCAGCUUCCAGGGAACAGCAGCAAACUUUUCAACCAGUUUUUAUUUACCAUGUGCAAUGUUGUAUUGCAACCUUGCAGUGUGCUCCAUACUGAAUUUAUGUUUUUCCAUAAAAGCUGAAUGGUUUAAUAAAAAGUUCAUAGUUUUGUUGCGAGCUCUGCCUUCCAGCUGCCUUGUAUUUUGUCUUUCUGCCUCCUUGCAGUGCCUGACAUUCUACUCCCUGUGUCCUUGCUCUCAAGCACCCCAUGUUUCCCAUCUUGCUCAGGCUGGAUGUCUCCACUGCUGGCUUUGACCUGCAGAGGCAAUUUUGUCUCCCUAGAUUGAACCCCCACUUUCUUCACUCUUCCUUGACUUCAGGUCCUUUCAUUGACCUUUCAGAUUUGCUUGCCAGGGGAGCGUGGAAGCUGUGUAAGUAAGCAGCAGCACACACAUGGCCACUGGCUGCCCACCCCUGCUACACACCUAGCAGCUGAAUAGAAACCAGGUGCAAAUGGGAGUUUAUUACAUAGUUCUUAGGCUUUGGUUUUUGUUUUUUAUUUUCAAAUAUUCCUUCCUUCCAAACUUUUAUUUCUCAAAAUCAAAACCAUUUGUGAUGAAUUUACAGAUAAGCAGCAUAGUACCACAGGAUACAGUGGAAGAAUUAUGAAGAGAAGUAAUAAACUGAAAGUAAAUUUCAACUUUGUAGAAAAUAUUCCUGUUUAAGGAUUUAAGUGUUCAAAAAUCAUGCUCAUUUUCUGCUCCAUCUCCACCUUCCCCCUUCCAGGUAAGCUCCACGUCCAUCUCACGUGUCCAGUGCUGCCACAAGCUAAUAAAGAUUCCUGUAGCUCUCUGCUGCCAAGAUGUCCAAUAACACACUGUUGUGUUUGUGCCUGGAACCCAGGUCCCUUUUGCAUGCCCCUGAUACCCUCAAGCAAAAGGAAUUUCAUUGGUUCAUCCCUGGAGGCUUCCCAUGUCCUGAGGGGAGCUCGUGUGUUGGCAAGGAGAGAAACUGAUGGCUAUUACUACCUGGGCCACAUUGUCCAGGAGGUGAAGGGCUCCAGGGAAGGCUUUUUAGUUGAGUUUGACCAAAGUUGUGUUCCGAAGGGCAAGGUCCAGCGUGGCCGGCAGGAAACGCCUCUCUAUGACAUUCUGCACUAUGAAGACGCCCGGCAACAGCCUCUUGCUCCAGGGGACAGAGUCUUGGCACCAUGGGAGGCUUCAGCCAAACGUUUUGGCCCUGGCACUGUGCUAAGGAUUGUGGAGAACACAGAAGCAUCUUUAGCACACAGUCAAAGGGGAAUGCUUGUGAAUUUCUGGAAUGGGCAGACUAAGGAGGUGUCUUCUGCCCAAGCUCUGCGGAUUCCCCUACCCCUAAGCGAUCGCAUCAUCCUGGAGCUGCAGAUGCCUUUAGCAGCCAGGCAGAUGGUGGUAGAAUCAAGCUUGGAUUACCCAUACCUUGUGGCACCAGGUUAUAGAGCCUCAGGGCACUACAGACAGGGUCACCUGGGCCUGGAUUUCUUCCCAGAGGCUCUGUAUUCCACUCAUCCCUGUGCAGAGUGCAGCUGGGGGUGUACCUCACUUCCCCAGUGCUGCCUUGGAGCCUGGGAAUCCACACGGUCUGCAGAGUGCCAAGUGCAGCAGGAAAACGCCUUCAUCCCAGGAGCAAGCCUGACUGAAGGAAAGCUCAACAAGAAAAUAGAACAGCAACUGUCUGAAUUGAGGAUUGCAUCUUCAGAAAGGGUUUCCAGAGAGGAAGAGAAAAAGGAAGAGAAGCGAUUGGAGACAGACAACGUUCCAGAAGAUGUUAGGUCUUGUUUGGAAGAGGACUGCAAGGUUAUAGAAACUGAGAAGGGCCCUCAGACGGAGAUGGUUCAUGCUGUGGUUGAUGCUGCUGUCAACACAGACAGCUGGUUAAUGGAGACAGAUCACAAGGAAGAAGCAGAGAGCAGACAGCAGGAUGCUGAAACUGAAGCUGAUUUUGAACAUGAGCAUGGCCUUUUUGAGUCCAGAGUGGCAGAAGCUCCAGUCCAGCAUUCCCAGAGGAGCCCUUCCCUGGGAAGCAGUGCUUUGGCUCCUUUCCAGUGCCAGAGCUUCUUUGCCCAAGUGAAUCAGUCACUGGAGAAAGACAGCCUGACCAUCAGAUCAGCCUUUCGUGUGCAGAGACCACACAGUUCACGCCUGCUGGCUGGGAGAGCCACACAUCUCCCAAACCUUCUAAAAGACAAAAGCAUCACAAAAUCAAUCCUUAGUGGUGCAUCUCAGAAAGAGUGGAAAGAGCUGAACUUCAGCAGAGCCAAGGUUGAGCACAAAAGGUGGCAAGAGGAACAGAGGCUGAAGAGGGAGCAGCAGCAAUAUGCAGAUAGCACCCGGCGCCAGCUACGCAGGGACAGCCAGAGGCAGCGAUUGCAUCAGAGAACAUUGCAAGGGCUGGAGAAACAGCUGGAGUGCAAAGAGAGAGCUUUGCAGCACAUGACACUGCUCCAGGCUGCUGGGGCUGAGAGGAGCAGGAAGGAAUCUGCCUUUCGAGAGGAGGAGGAGAGGAAGGCAAGGCAGAGGCAUCAGUUCUUACAGACAUGGCGUUUGCAGAGAGAGGAGUUCCAGGCAGAAAGCAACAAACAGAGCUGUGAACAAGAGAAAGAAAGGCUGGAGUUGCUGAGGAGCAGAAGACAGUCACGGCAGGAAGUGCUGGAACAAGAAUCCCAGGAGCAGGACAAACAGCAAAUCCAGCACCAGGCUGCCAAAGUGAGAGUGUUCCAGAGGAGAGAGAGUUCUCAUCUGAAGAUGGACAAAGGCCAGAAACUCUGUGCCCUCCAGCAGUACCUCAGGGAACAGAGCCUCCUGCUGCUCCAGGCAUCCCUGCUCACAUAAGGAAGCUGCAGGGUGGGUGAGCAGGGCCUGGAGCAGUUCACAGACCUGCUCUGUCGGGUCAGCUGUGCAGAGCAGAGUGGUGACAGGUGGCAUCAGGAUUCCUGGAGAGGCCUCUAAUCUCCUUUAACUGCAGCCAGAGUGCACUUCCACUACUCUGUCCUUCACCUGCCUCUCUUCCUGGGGUCAUGGCUUCCCCUUCCCCUGAGAGGGAGCAGCAGGGCAAUCUAGAGGCACUUUCCUGCAUCAGAAAGGAGGGGUUUUCUAGUGCAUUGCUCUAUGGUGAGUGGACAUGCCAAAGGAGAGGAGGAGGCUAAGCUUGUCAGAUCCUGAAGUGCUCCCUCUUCCUCAUCACCUGAGGUACAAAAUUCCCUGCCCCUGUCCGCAUUGGCCGUAAUGCAGCGUCAGACUGCAUUCCUCCAGGGAUAAUGGAGAGGCUAUGCCUUCAGUUUUUCCCUAAAAAGACAAAGUUAAGACUCUCAUCCAGAUGUUUGCAAACUACUCUGAGACCUUCAUAGCUAAUAUGGGUAUUUUAAAACUUUAAGGUCCAUAAUAUAUGUGCAUGAGCCAUCCUGAGAUUUUUACUUAAAAGAAAAAAAAAAAAGGGAAAAGAAAAGAUGAACUAAAAUAGAAGGUGAAGGCUUUAACAAACAAAAUGUCAGACUUAAGGUCUGAAAAAAAUGUAACUUGCUUCAGAUUAUGGAAGCUACAUGUGAGGCACAGUUUAGCAUUUUAGACACAAAAUUCCUUCAUUUGGAACAGUUUCCACUCUGCUGAGUGUCUGGAAAAGUUGUCUGGAAUUUGCUCAACAAGAACAUGGAUGGUUGUGCCCCAGACCUGGCACACACCUGCUGAGGGAAUGUGAGUGCUGGUGGCACAUGGAGAUUUUCUUUAGGGUAAUGUUUGGAGGGGUUGCUUGCUCCUGUUUUUGUUUGAGUUCCCUUUUACAUAAAAUCUUGUGCUGGUUAGGAUGAUGCUCUGCCUGCUUAUAACUCUAAUUAGACUUAAAGAAACAAGCCUAAAACUUACAAGGUGUUAAACUCUAAUCCUGCUUUUAUCCUUAUGCACUUGGAAAUGGAAUAUGCAGUGAUUAAAGGAAAGUAGUUUAAUGAAAUAUACUAAGCUGAAUUGAAACUUAUUUUUCAGACUUCAUUUAUAUGCUAUUAAUCAUUACUUUAUAAUCACCAUAAAACAGCAGAUUGUCUGCUUAUGCACUUUCUCUUCAUUGCUUAACCACCUGGGAACAGACCACUGCAGAGAACCUGCUCUACUGCUGUUUCACACAGGGUAGGUCUGGGAAUAUACUCAGUACCACACUAUUUCCAAUCAUUCAUGGACUGUAUUUCUCAAUAUUAAAAUGAAGCCAUAAAAUGAUUUUAAUACUGCUAUUAAAGCAAUUGACUGUAAAUGCUACGUGUAA